CUCCCGGCGGCGUUGCCGUGGAGACAGAGCUCACCGUGUGGAUGUGGCAACUCGCAGUAGCACAGCCUUUGCAGACUAUCUGCAGCAGGGGCUCACAGGACCGACGCCAAGAUGAUGCUUUCAAGGGCCAAACCCGCUGUGGGCGGGGAGUCACCGAAUACUGACAAAAGAAAGAAGAAAGGAAGGAAGAUUCCAAAACUAGAGGAUCUACUUUCACAAAGAGAUUUCACUGGCGCCAUUACCCUAUUGGAGUUUAAACGCCACGUUGGGGAGCAAGAAGACGACAGUAAUCUAUGGAUUGGAUACUGCGCUUUUCACCUGGGCGACUACAAGCGAGCUCUGGAGGAAUAUGAAAACGCAACCAAGGAGGAGAACUGCAAUCCGGAAGUGUGGGUGAACCUGGCCUGCACCUACUUUUUUCUCGGGAUGUAUAAGCAAGCAGAAGCUGCUGGGAUUAAAGCUCCAAAAAGCCGGCUCCAAAACCGCCUACUGUUCCAUCUGGCUCACAAGUUUAAUGAUGAGAAGAAAUUAAUGAACUUUCAUCAGAAUCUUCAGGAUGUCAAAGAAGACCAGCUUAGUUUGGCCUCAAUUCACUACAUGCGAUCUCAUUAUCAAGAAGCUAUUGAUAUAUACAAGCGGAUACUGCUGGAUAACAGGGAAUACCUGGCCCUCAAUGUGUAUGUGGCCCUCUGCUACUACAAGUUGGAUUACUAUGAUGUGUCUCAAGAAGUCCUGGCUGUUUACCUUCAGCAAAUUCCUGAUAGUACCAUCGCCCUCAACCUUAAGGCCUGCAAUCACUUUCGCCUUUAUAACGGCAAAGCAGCUGAGGCAGAGCUCAAAAGCUUGAUGGACAACGCUUCUUCACCCUUUGAAUUUGCUAAAGAACUCAUCAGACACAAUCUGGUUGUUUUCCGAGGAGGCGAAGGGGCUUUGCAGGUUUUACCUCCCCUGGUUGAUGUCAUUCCCGAAGCUAGGCUAAACCUAGUGAUUUACUACCUUCGUCAAGAUGAUGUGCAGGAAGCCUAUAAUUUAAUCAAGGAUCUGGAACCUACUACGCCUCAGGAGUAUAUCCUCAAGGGAGUUGUCAACGCAGCCCUUGGCCAGGAAAUGGGUUCGAGGGAUCAUAUGAAAAUUGCUCAACAGUUUUUCCAGUUGGUAGGAGGAUCAGCUAGUGAAUGUGAUACAAUACCAGGAAGGCAGUGCAUGGCUUCAUGUUUCUUCCUGCUUAAACAAUUUGACGAUGUCUUGAUUUACCUCAACUCUUUUAAGGUUUUCCUCUUGAUCCAAAGUGAGAAACUGAAAAAUGAUUACAUUUACCUUAGUUGGUUAGCUCGCUGCUAUAUUAUGAAUAAGAAACCAAGACUAGCUUGGGAACUUUAUCUCAAGAUGGAAACCUCCGGCGAGUCCUUCAGCCUCUUACAGCUCAUUGCCAAUGACUGUUACAAGAUGGGCCAGUUCUACUAUUCAGCCAAAGCUUUCGAUGUCCUAGAGAGGCUGGAUCCCAACCCUGAAUACUGGGAAGGCAAGAGGGGUGCCUGUGUGGGCAUUUUCCAGAUGAUUUUAGCUGGGAGAGAACCCAAAGAGACCCUCCGAGAAGUGCUACAUUUGUUGAGAAGCACAGGAAACACCCAAGUGGAGUAUAUCAUCAGGAUCAUGAAGAAGUGGGCCAAGGAGAACAGAGUGCCCAUCUAAGCAGCCACUCCCAGGCCAGGACCAGCUUCCUCUCACAUCAGAUUGGAACUGUUUUCCUGCACUUGAAUAUGCGAUCCAGGACCCUGUUUGA